AUGACAACCCGAGCAGACUCCGCGGCUUCCCGACCGCGAUCUCGUCGGUCUCUCGCUCAUGUGCCGCGGUCGAAGAUGAUGUCCGCCCUGGACAAGGAGAAUUCAACGGCGGAGUUGAGAGGGACCCAACCUUUCGCAAAUAGCUCCAAAUCCGCCAUAAGAGACAAGAAGUCCCGCAGCAAGAGUUUGGGCCCCGGUGGCCUCGAUGCGCUUCAAAGUUCGAACGGAAACCGCCGCCAGUCUACGGCCUCAUUCCCUCUAAAAUCCAUCCUCAAGCCUACUGUUCCCGUGUCUCCCGUGCGGAACAUCCCGUCGUUCGAGGAAACGCGCCGGCGCACGCCCGCUCGUGGCAAACCGCAGAGCCACGACGGCACAAUGGAUGGAGAAAGCUCGGAGGAGCAGGGAAAGGAGGGGCUCCUGAUUGACUUCGAAAUGACACCAAACCCCCCGCGACGGCUACUGGAGAUGGCUGCUACCAAAGAACGAGACGAUAAGGAGCGCAAAGAUCGCGAGCGUCAGAACAUCCUAGAGAAACGCGAAGCUCGACGAAAGUCAAUGGCAAACCGAAGGGUGUCCUUUGCCCCCGAAGCUACACUGCACACGUGGAAUGUGGUGGAGAUCCCCGAUGACUCCACAGCAUCAUCGGCCGCCAACUCGACGAGACGCGCAUCUGCUGCUGCAAACGCCCAGAACCAGCCCGCUCCCCCAUCGCCCGAAAAGGAUGAUCCGUCCUCACCGGCAGACUCAGAAUUUGGAUUCUCGCCUGUGCGCACGCAGGAUCUUAACCAGAUCAGGGGAGGUCACCAAUCAUCUGGCAAUGGCGACGAAGGCCAACAUGAAAUGUCGUCUAGCCCAUUCAGUGGCAGCUCAGUAGGAAGUGAAGAUACUGGAGUCCAAAGCAUGGCUGGUGAAGAAGAUGAUGGGAACUCUUCGGACUCGGACGAUGGAUUCGAUGCCGAAAGUACUGCAAUGAGUAUGGAUGAUAUGACUUCUAGGUCAGGCGUCAGUGCCCACUCAGAUGCGACUUCCAGCUCCAGCUCCAGUAGUAGACUCAACGAAGCCUUGCGUCAAGCUGCACAGGAAGCCGGGACUGAAAUUGACGAAGACGGAGAAAUGUCAAUGGAAAUUGCAGACCAGGAGAUUACUGGCGCUUUCCAGCCGUGGAUCAAGAAGGGCGAGAGGAAAAGCUUUGACUGGGACGAUAUCAGCGUAAAGCAUGACCAGGAGAACAUGGAUCCACAUCAAACUACCAAUCCCACAGCAAUGCCGGAAUCCGACGAUUACGAGGAAGACGAAGACCUCAGCAUGGACGUGACAAAUGCUGUAGGGCGCAUUCUGGGAAAAUCUCCUGGUCACCGCCAGAGCAUGGCUCGCCGCAGGUCUACCGCCGAUGAAUCUAAUUUCGGCGAUCAAACAAUGGAAAUGACAAAUGUUGUGGGCGGCAUCGCACAGCAGCACUCCCCAUCAAAGGAAUUUGAUAAUGACGACGAGAAUGACGAUGAAGGGAUGACGAUGGAGUUUACAUCGGCUGUCGGCCAAAUCCUGGGCAACCGUCCCUCUCAGCCCCCCAACGUUGAUGAUGAUGCGAACAGCGAUCAAGGCACCAACUCUGAAGACGGAAUGGAGAUGGAGAUGACCGGUGCUAUCGGUGGAAUCUUGCAGUCAGGGAUCGAUGCCAACGACAAGGUACACGCGAAGAUGGUCAUGGAACUUGAAACCGACUCCGGGCAGCUGAAUAGCUCGCCUUUCCAGGACACAGUUCGACAAUCUCCUGCAAAAUCUCCUGCAAAAUCGCCCGCCAAGUCACCUCUAGCCUACCAGAUUGCUGCUGUGGCAUCUGAAAGUGGAAGCCCUAGUCUGGAAUCUGUUCCGGCUAGAACCUCGCGACGCAGCUCCAGCAGGAGAUCAUCGAGCGCGCCCAAGUCACCUCACCAACAUCAGUCACCCCAUACCAAAGCAUUGACUCCCCCGAAACAAUCCACUCCUCAAGUGAAACCAACCACUCCCAGCAAGACACCGCCGUCUAGCAAUGUUUCUUUCCGGUCUGCGUCUCCCAAGAAGUUAUUCAGGAAAGAACUUCGAGAAUCAGCAGACAAGCGCAAGUCUCUCCGUAAGAGUCUAUUUGAACAUAACGCACUCACCGGGGAAUCUACGCCGCUUUUCAAACUCCAGCCCCGCGAGAGUCGCCGCUCUUCUGGUCUCGGAAUUGACAAGGAAGGUCUAGGGUCUCCUCGCGUGGCAGCUUUGCUUGACAAACGCCAAUCGCUCGGCGAGAGCUCACCGCAAUUCGUUCCCCAGGAAAAACCUCAGUCCGGUGUCCGUUUCGAAGACCCGGUACAAAUGCAAGAAGAGGAAGAGCGGGAUCGCGAGGAAGAGGAACUCAGAGAAGAUGGUCACCUACCGGCGGCACAGUCGGACAAAGGUGUAACACCGAGUCUCAAAGAUAUGAUCUCAAGCCUCAGUCCGAAGAAGUCUAGAAUAGGUAGCCGCAAGAGUCUGCAUGUUGGGGCAGCUCGUGGAAUUCUUGGCAAACGCCCCGCUGAACUUGACUUCGACGAAGAUGAAGUUGAAAAUUCCCCCAAACGUCUGCGUGGCCACGAUGUCAGUCCAGUCAAGGGUGUCAAAUUGCCGGCGCCAACGGCAAAUUAUGGCAAUACGCGCCGCUCAAUCUUGUCCCCUGUCCGCAGAGCAGCCAGCUCAUCGCCUCUCAAGGGUAGCACCACGCCGUCGCAAGAUUCGCUCGCCCCCAAGACCUCUACAAGCCCUCUCAAGAAUGGAGUUGACGCUCUCCACAUUGAAUCUGAUCCUCAGCAACCCGAAGAGGAUGCUGAAACCCCCGUUGAGGACUCUGCGGUGGAAGUGGAGCCCAUUGAAUUGCAGGAUUUCCUGAAAAUGACCAAUAUCCAUUUCAUGGAACUGACCACGACGAAGAGGCGGCACACAACUGCUCCCGGGAGUGCCACUAAGAAACUCAUCCGAGCUUCAGGGGAGAAUCUACCCAAGCCGGGCUCUAUCACUUUUGAGGAUUGUGUGGCAGCAGGAUUCUGCACUGUGCCAAUGCUUGAGCUAUACCAGCAUUCAUGCCGGGAGCUCAAGUCAUAUAUCUCCGAAGGUCGAACAGUGAUUCGCUCCAUCGAGGCUGAGACGUUUGCCGAAAAUCCGCCACUCUUCCAAGAGUAUGUCAAUGCUCCGCCUGAUAUCCGAUUGAUCAUGGACAACCAGUUCCGAAACGUGAAGACCCAUGCUCGUUUGCUUAGCAAGGCCACGUGGUACGAAUGGCGCAUGAAACUUCUCGAGGGAUUGAAGGAAGGGCUAAAUCGGCACGUGGAUGACAUGAAGGCAGACGAUGCGCUGCUCAUCGAACGCGAAGAGCUCCUGAACAGCAAUGUACCCACUCUAGUGGAAAAACACGCAUCUCUUGAAGAAGAAGCCAGCACUCUACAGCAAUUGGUCGAAGAGAUGGAAAAUUGCGACCAGGAUGAAUUACGCAGUACGCGUGGAAAGCUGUCUGACACUGACGCCGAGAUUGCAGCCAAGAAGCAAGAGCUUGAACAGCUACAAGCAGAAGUCCAGCAGAAGACGAAUCUUAUUGAGACGGGCGCUGAGAUGCGAGAUGAGUUUUUGGCUCAAAUCCAGGAGGCGGAGCAAGUGACAGAAAAAUGUCGUGGCUGGAGUGCUCGGGAGAUCAAUGAACUGAAAGCUUCUGUUCAACGAAUUGAGCGCCAAACCGGGUGGUCGAUAAUCUCGGCUGAAGCCCCAACCGAGGCACCAGUUGGUCCAUUGCUAAAGAUGGCUUAUCGCGACCAACUCCAGUUGAAAUUCUACCCUGGGGCAUUUUCCUCCAAGAACAGUGGCCAAGAUGACAAGAAGAAUUCUCCUCUCGAAUUGACCUCCCAAAAGAAAGCGAAUAUUUCACCUAUUGCAUCUUUGGUUCUAGAUUCCCUGCAGCGCUACCUCGCCACCGUUCAGCAAUCUACUGUCGCACCCAAAGAGGUGCUAGGGCUCAUCUCAAGCGCGUGGGACCACACCGUCGGUCUAGAAAAUGAGGCGCGCAUGCUGGAGUUCUGUGGUGUGACUCGUCUCACUUUGUCAAAGCCUGAGGACGGCUCUCUCUCUCUCCGCGCGCGUUGUACGCUACUUGGAAACAUCAAUACCCCAUCAUCAAAGCGCAAAAGCCUCCCGAAGAACAACAAUACCAAGAGAAUCGAUGUGGACUUCAUGGUUCGCACAUGCAUUGAUAAGUCCGCUGCGGAUAGCAGUAUCGGCUCCCUUGACUUCAUUACUGAGGUAUUGGCAACCAAGGUAUACGGCUUCGGCACUGGGAACAAGUCUGGUCUUUCUGACAAAGAACUGCAAAGCAUUCUCGGCAAAGGUCUUAGCCAGAAGGACGGCAGUACUCAGCUAGGGAAUGGUGUGUGGUGUGAGGCCGUACGAGCACUCACAGCUUCUGUUUUCUGA